GGACGUUAUAUUUUUAUUAUAAAUGUGUGUCUUGGUCGAUGAAAAUGUAAUGAACUUUACAGUCCUAAAAAGCACUACUGAGGACGACGUACUGCAUCUUGGCUAAACCGGGAUGUAGGAUCUAUUAAUUUGGGGCAGUGUUUCGCCCAGUCAGCCACCAGAGGGCGGUAUGUGCUCACUGUGGGGAGCAGCUCUCAUACCCCUGUCUGUUUGCCUUGACGAGACACUCGGGUCCAUGUGCGAAAGUAAACCCUCUCCGGAUUGGCUCUAUCUUGAACGCGGCCAUCUUAUGCACUCUGUCAACAUAGGGAUUUUACGACUGAAUACAUGAUUUAAUCAUGCGCUCUCCGGCGCGGGCUUGCGGUGGCAGGAGGGUGGCAUCGUGCUAGAAGUUCUAAUGCUGUGCGAACCGGUUUCUAUUUUUACAGGGAAUGGUGACACUAUGUCAAACUGUCGCUGGUCCAAUCACAGAGGAGGUCACUAAUAUGUAAAUGCACUGUUAUCACAGUCACGUCAGCAAGAGCCGAAGAGCUGUUGUGCUGUGGUCGCCAGCAGGAGUACAACUAACAACAGAGUCAACUUCGCCGAUAAUACUCUUUUUACGUUCACGUUUGGGGCUACGCCUUGGGCUUCGUUUCAGGAACACUAAAUAAUGGACAUGCUGUAGCUGUUUAGAAAGUGAGGCUCCCUGGGACCAACUUGGAUUCAGUGGUGUUCCAAAGGUUCCAGUCACCUUGCAGGCUCUGCCAUGGACUUUUUUGAUGACCCCAACCUCUUUGUUGGAGGUUUGGAAGGGCUGGAUGAGGAUGGCUUUCCUUCAGCACCCUCACUUGUGGAUGAGUUAAACCUCAGUGCUGACUUUGAGCCCCUCCAAGUGGAGCCUCUAGGACCAGGGAAGCACCAUGGCAUGAUGCCACCAGUUUCUACUCAUCAAGCCAUGCCUGCUUAUAGUCAGCCAAUGAGUCACUACAUUGGCAUAAAGGGGCAGAAUCUUAUGGGGCAGGCAUUUUCUGGUCCUGGAAGCACAGGUGGUGGAGGUGGUGACUUGAUUACAGAGCAGCAUGGCCUUUACCACAAUCCUGCCAUGAACCAAUUACCUCAAUCCAAUGGGCUGUUCUGUAACAGCAGCAGUCCAAUGUGGGGCAACCAAGACCAGAAUGGGAAUAUGUACCAUGCCUUAUCUCAGCAACAGCAACAGCUUUGUCAGCAGCAGCAGCAACUGCACAACCAUCAACUUCAUGUCAGGCAACAACAAUCACAACAGCAACACCACCCCUGUCAUGGUCAACAGCAGGAGCAGCAGCAUAGAAUGCGGCAGCUGCAGCAACAGCAAAGUCAUCAGCAACAGCUGUUAAACCAGUGCCAGCACCAACAGAUUAACCCACAGACUGUUUCACUGCAGCAUCACAAUUUCUCCUUUCACCAGGGAAGUCACUCUCAGCAGCAGGUUCACCACCAACUAAGUGUAGGAGGACCAAGGUUCCAUUCAAGAGCUCUGUCAAAUAAGUCUUAUUUGGAUAGUCAAAAUGCUUCUCUGAGUGGGGCAUGCUUACAACAACAGCAGCAGGGUAGUUACCAGGCCAGAGGAGGCCAAGCUUUCUCUGGAUCUCAGCUGGAAGAUCCUAACCUGCCAUUCCCAAUGCAUUCAUCAUCUAUGGUUCACUCCCUGUCAGUGUGCUCAGUCAGUUCUGAUACAGCUUACCCACCAGCUCAGUACCCUGCCUACCCUGGAGAGCCAGAAAUACCCAGCCACAGUGAGCAGUCUUUGUGCUCAGCAUCAGUGUCUAGACCCACCACCACUGCUGCACUCCUCACGUCCACAGUGCCUGAGCUCUCAGGGAGAGACUGUCAGUUUCCAUCUACAGCAGUUAUAAGUCAGCACCACACUAGGAUGCCAGUUAGCCAGGCAGGGGAAUGUCCUUUCAGGGCCCUGUGCUGUUCUGGUGAAACCCAGGGAAACUGCAAGUCAUCUGAAAUAUUUGGUGAAUCCAUGAGCUGCUAUCCUAGCAUAGCCAGUCAUCUGCCCUCUGAGCAGCUUGAGAGCUGCGGGGCCAUCAAUGCUAACGGAUUCCAGGCCUUGGGAGACCGUCUCCUGCCAUCAGAGUCUCAGGAUGGAGACUUGGAGGGUCUGGACCCUCCUGACCUCCUGCCUGACCUACUGCCCCAGCUGGAAGCGGCUCUCAGUCAACAGGAUGAAAGUGACUCUUGCUGGGCUGACUGCAGCCAGGAGAGGGGACAUGAACACAAGAAACCACCUCCUGCUUACGUCAAGGAAGAGAAGCCUCGAAAGAACACUAAUGGUCCUGAUAGCCAGGUACGGGUCUUCAGUCCCCCAAUGAAGAGCAGCUCAUCGUCCUCCUCUUCCUCUUCAUCUUCAUCCUCAUCCAGCUCGUCAUCAGAGAAGAGGACGCCAAGGAGGACGCAUCAUCAGAUGGAGUCAACUCUGCAGGACAAACAGGAGAAGGCCAAUAGGAUAAUAUCAGAAGCUAUUGCUAAGGCCCAGCAGCGUGGCGAGAAGAAUAUCCCCCGAGUUAUGAGCCCUGAAAGCUUCCCCAGCUCAUCUUCACAGUACAAGACCCACCGUGACCGCGAUCACAAAGGAAAAGGCAAGGCACGGCUCAAAGACAAGACCUGCAAGACGGCCUGCAUUGUUCCCUCCUCCAAGCCCAAGCAGAAGGCCAAGAUUGGGAAAAUCGUCAUCAAGAUUGGAAAGAAGAAAAAGCGAAAGCCAGAGUCUUCAGAGGAGGAGUCAGAUGAUGACCCUCCCCCUCGACAUACAUCUAAAGAAGAUUCUAAGAGGCGUUCUAAUCGGCAGGUGAAGAGGAAGAAGUAUGCUGAAGAGCUGGAGGCAAGGUUGUCAGAUGAAGAAGUCAAGGUUAUUGUCAAAGCCAAGAAAACCAACACUGCAGCAUCCAAGGAACCUGCUCUUCAGCUCUUUGUAGAGAAUCCCAGUGAAGAGGAUGCUGCAGUUGUGGACAAAAUCAUGUCUUCCCGUAUUGUUAAGAAGGAGGUCUCUCCAGGAGUGGUGGUCGAAGUAGAGGAGUUUUUUGUAAAAUACAAAAACUACUCCUACCUACACUGUGAGUGGGCCACAGAACAGCAGCUGGAGAAAGACAAAAGGAUUCAACAGAAGAUCAAACGAUUCAAGAUGAAGCAAGCACAGAGGGCACUCUUCUUUGCAGAUAUGGAAGAGGAGCCCUUUAACCCUGACUAUGUAGAGGUAGACAGAGUGCUGGAGGUGUCGUAUUGUGAGGACAAAGACACAGGAGAGGAGGUGGUGUACUACCUGGUGAAGUGGUGCUCUUUGCCUUAUGAGGACAGCACCUGGGAGCUGAAGGAUGACGUAGACCAGAGCAAGAUUGAAGAGUUUGAGCAGCUGCAGGCAGUGAAGCCAGACUCGCGCAGGGCGGAGCGACCCCCAGCAAAUCUGUGGAAGAAGAAGGAGCAUUCGAGGGAGUAUAGGAACGGUAACAGCCUCAGGGACUACCAGCUAGAAGGAGUCAACUGGCUCCUCUUCAAUUGGUACAACAGACGGAACUGUAUCCUGGCAGACGAGAUGGGCCUGGGGAAGACCAUCCAGUCCAUCACAUUCCUAGAAGAGAUCCAUUGUGUGGGCAUUAAAGGGCCAUUCCUUAUAAUUGCCCCACUCUCUACAAUUGCCAACUGGGAGCGCGAGUUCCAUACUUGGACCCACCUCAAUGUCAUUGUCUACCAUGGAAGCAUGGUCAGCAGGCAGAUGCUCCAGCAGUAUGAGAUGUAUUUCAGGGACGCACAGGGCCGUGUGAUUCGAGGCGCCUACAGGUUCCAGGCUGUUAUCACCACGUUUGAGAUGAUCCUGGGAGGCUGUCCUGAACUUAAUGCCAUAGAGUGGCGCUGUGUUAUCAUUGAUGAAGCCCACCGCCUCAAGAACAAGAACUGCAAGCUGCUAGAGGGCUUCAAGCUCAUGAACCUGGAGCACAAGGUCUUGCUGACAGGUACUCCUCUCCAGAAUACUGUGGAGGAGCUUUUUAGUCUGCUCCACUUCUUGGAGCCUGGACGCUUUGCCUCAGAAAACGCCUUCAUGCAGGAGUUUGGAGACCUCAAGACUGAGGAGCAGGUGCAGAAGCUACAGGGUAUCCUGAAGCCCAUGAUGCUACGUCGAUUGAAGGAGGAUGUGGAGAAGAAGUUGGCUCCUAAAGAGGAAACCAUCAUCGAGGUUGAGCUCACCAAUAUUCAGAAGAAAUACUACCGUGCAAUCUUAGAGAAAAACUUCUCUUUCCUGGCUAAAGGUGCUGGCCAGGCAAAUAUGCCCAACCUGGUCAACACCAUGAUGGAGUUGAGAAAGUGCUGCAACCACCCCUACCUCAUCAAAGGGGCAGAAGAGAAGAUUCUAGAAGAUUUCAGGGACGUAUAUAGUCCCACUGCAGUCGACUUUCACCUGCAGGCUAUGGUGCAGUCUGCUGGGAAACUGGUCCUUAUUGACAAACUGCUGCCUAAGAUGAAGGCCGGAGGGCACAAAGUGCUCAUCUUCUCCCAAAUGGUGCGUUGCCUGGACAUCUUGGAAGACUACCUCAUUCAGAGAAGGUACUUGUAUGAGCGGAUAGAUGGACGUGUUCGCGGGAACCUGCGGCAGGCUGCCAUCGAUCGCUUCAGUAAGCCCGACUCAGACCGCUUUGUUUUCCUUCUGUGUACGAGAGCUGGUGGCCUGGGAAUCAACCUCACAGCAGCAGACACCUGCAUCAUCUUUGACUCUGACUGGAACCCGCAGAAUGACCUGCAGGCCCAGGCUCGCUGCCAUCGGAUCGGACAGAACAAGGCUGUGAAAGUGUACCGUCUGAUCACCAGGAACUCAUACGAGCGGGAAAUGUUCGAUCGUGCCAGCCUCAAGCUUGGACUGGACAAAGCAGUGUUGCAGAGCAUGAGUGGCCGAGAUAACAGCCUGGGAGGAGGUGCCGGGGGAGGGGCUGUGCAGCAGCUGUCUAAGAAGGAGAUUGAGGACCUGCUGCGGCGAGGAGCCUAUGGGGCCAUCAUGGAUGAGGAGGAUGAAGGGGCCAAAUUCUGUGAGGAGGACAUCGACCAGAUCCUCCAGCGCAGGACAAAGACCAUCACUAUUGAGUCUGAAGGACGAGGAUCCACCUUUGCUAAGGCCAGUUUUGUGGCAUCUGGAAACCGCACAGACAUCUCUCUGGAUGACCCCAACUUCUGGGACAAAUGGGCCAAAAAGGCUGACAUUGAUAUGGAUAUGGUCAAUGGCAGAAACACCUUGGUGAUCGACACUCCUCGUGUCAGAAAACAAACAAGGCCAUUCAGUGCCACCAAGGAUGAGUUAGCAGAGCUUUCGGAGGGUGACAGUGACAGUGACGACACCAAACCUAAGCUCAGGCGAAACCAUGACCGCCUCAACAGCUAUGGACGCACAGAGUGUUUCAGAGUAGAGAAGAACCUGCUUGUAUAUGGGUGGGGUCGUUGGAAAGAUAUUCUCAACCAUGGGCGUUUUAAGAAGCAGCUAACAGAGUGGGAUGUGGAGUCCAUCUGCAGGGCCCUGCUGGCUUACUGCCUGGUCCAUUACCGUGGAGAUGACAGAAUCAAAAGCUUCAUGUGGGACCUGAUUGCCCCUACUGAGGACGGACGUGCCAAAGAGCUGCAGAAUCACCUGGGUUUGUCUGCCCCGGUCCCUCGGGGUAGAAAGGGUAAGAAAAUGAAGACCCAGUCAAGCUCUUUUGACAUUCAUAAGGCUGAGUGGCUAAGGAAACAUAACCCCGAACACAUGCUUCAGGACGACGGCUACAAGAAACACCUCAAACACCACUGCAACAAGGUGCUGCUCAGGGUCAGAAUGCUCUACUACCUGAAACAAGAGGUGAUAGGAAGCCAGGCCCAGACGGUGUUGGAUGGUGUGGACUCCAGUGAGAUAAAGAUAUGGGUGCCAGAGCCGGAUCAUUCAGAGCUGCCAGCAUUGUGGUGGGAUGCCAUCGCUGACAAGUGUCUGCUGCUGGGCAUCUAUAAGCAUGGUUAUGAGAAGUACAACACUAUUCGGGCAGACCCUACCCUGUGUUUCCUAGAGCGUGUGGGACGACCAGAUGAGAAGGCCAUUGCUGCUGAACAGAGAGGCAACGAUUUUAUGGAUGGGUGGGUGGAUGAUCCAGAAUACAAGCCUGCUCCAGCCCUGCUAAAGGACGAUAUGGAGGAUGACGCCUCUUCUCCUGGAGACUUGAUUGUCACUGACAACGCUGGAGUGACGGAAGGUGAAACUGCCUACUGGCCCUCCUCCUCAGUGCUGACAGCCAGGCUGAGGCGUUUGAUUACCGCUUCCCAGCGCUAUACCAAGAGCCGACAGAUCCUCCAUAUCCACCAAACUCAGUCCCAGCAGACCAUGGUACUCUCUGCUCCACUCUGCCCUCUGCCAUCUACACUCAACGACACCCUCAACCCCAAGAUGGUUGCUAAGAUUGAACGGCAACAAAGAUGGACCAGACGAGAAGAGGCUGACUUCUACCGGGUGGUCUCCACUUUUGGUGUUGUUUUUGACCCAAGCCUUGGUCGGUUUGAUUGGACCAAGUUCAGGGCCAUGGCUCGGCUACAUAAGAAGACUGAUGAGAGCCUGCAGAAAUACCUGUGUGCUUUCACGGCCAUGUGCCGACGGGUGUGCCGCCUGCCACCCAAAGAGGGAGACGCUGCGGUGGACCCAUCUCUGACCAUCCAGCCCAUCACAGAGGAGCGAGCAUCCCGGACUCUGUACAGAGUAGAGCUUCUUCGCCAGGUGAGAGAACAAGUCCUUCGACAUCCGUUACUGUAUGAGCGCCUGCCGCUGUGCCAGAUGAGUUCUGAUUUACCUGUAUGGUGGGAAGCUGGUACACAUGACCGUGACCUUCUUAUUGGUGCGGCCAAGCACGGUGUCAGCCGCACAGAUUACCACAUUCUGAGAGACCCUGAGCUCAGUUUUAUGGCUGCCCAGCGUGACUACAGCCAUACAAAAGCUGCACAGCAGCAAUCACGCACAUCCACCCCGCUCCUACACCCUCAGCACCAGGCCACCAGCUCAGUGUUGACAGGCUCUCCGCUGCCUCCACCAGCCCAGAGAGACACAGACCCCUGUGGGGUUGUGCCUAAACUGGAACCAGCCUCAGAGGGUGAGGAGAGCAGAGAGAAACCGGGCAAGAGCUGGAGUCCUCCCCGAGCGCCAGCUACUCCCACAGGUCUGGAAGAGAAGCCUGUUUCUGAGACACGGGACAAUGAGAGGCAAAUGGUGGCAGCACGAACCAAACCCCUGACACCUAACUCCUCAGAGAGGAAACCCAGAAAGGCCAGCAAGAGGGACCGCAGAGAGGCCAGGCGUGGCUCCGAGUCUGACUCGGAUGGCUCCUCUUCAAGCUCUUCAUCACGUUCCUCCUCUUCUUCAUCAUCAUCCUCUUCUUCCUCAUCACAUUCCGGGUCCAGCUCCUCUUCCUCUUCGUCAUCUUGCUCCUCUGGUUCUUCAUCAUCAUCAUCAUCCUCAUCUUCUUCUGAUGACAGUGAAAGUGAGGGAGAGGAAAGGAAGAAGAAAGUGCCUGCAGCAUCAGGUGUAAAGGGCUUUGAUGAGGACAGCGUGGCAUCUCUGAGCACUAUACAGGAUGAAACGCAAGACACUCAUGUGGCUGAGAACGGCAUCACCAACAACUCCUCGCAUCCUUUCCAGGGAGGAGGAUACAUGCUUGCUGCUUCCUACUGGCCAAAGGAUCGUGUGAUUAUCAACCGCCUGGACAGCAUCUGCCAGGCAGUGCUAAAGGGCAAGUGGCCAGGAACACGUCGGGUCUACGAGCCUGGAGGUGCAGUGACCUCCUUCUACACCACCAAGCUGCUGGACAAUGCCAGCAGCCUGUGCGAGGACCCCUCUGCCUCGCCACAUGGGUCAAAGGUGACCAAGCAUGUUGCAGAAAACAAGGAGUUCUCAGUAAAACUCAAUGAUGAAGGGGGGCUGAAGUUGACCUUCCAGAAACAGGGUCUACCUCUGAAGAGGCCCCUGGAGUCAGAGGAGGGCUCCCAGGCCCAGCAGCAAUACCUUGCCCGGCUUCAUGAGCUGCAGAAUGCCUCGGACAUGGGCCUGGCUGACAUCACCAAGCCCCAGUGCAGCUUCCAGACUGCGCCUCCAGGUCUAACUGGUCAGAUGAGGCUGAAUGGAGUUGUGGACGGCCAGCCAGUGGUUAAGAAGCGAAGGGGGAGAAGGAAGAAUGUCGAGGGCAUGGACCUGCUCUUCAUGAACAGGAGUAGAGUCCCAGCUGUGCCUGACCAUGUGCCUCCAGGGUGGGGUGGCAUUGGCCAGGUGGGCAUGACUGCCCCUGUACCGGGCUUUAGCCAGAGCUCAGGUCAGGUUCCUGCAGACACAGAGAGCAGGGUCCCUGUCAUCAACCUCAAAGAUGGCACCCGACUUGCUGGGGAUGAUGCACCCAAGAGGAAAGACCUAGAAACAUGGCUCAAAGAGCACCCUGGCUUUGUUGCAGACACAGGAGCUUUUAUUCCUGGGGUAAAUAAGAUGCAAAUGCAAUUCCACUUCCAGGAUGGUCGGCCCAAGCAGAAGAGGCACCGCUGUAGGAACCCCAACAAGAUCGAUGUCAACAGCUUGACAGGAGAGGAAAGGGUCCAGAUCAUCAACAGGAGAAAUGCACGCAAGGUUGGUGGAGCUUUUGCUCCUCCUCUGAAGGAUCUGUGCCGGUUCCUUCAGGAGAACCCUGAGUAUGGAGUCCCUCCUGAAUGGGCUGAUGUGGUCAAACAGUCGGGUUACCUCCCAGAGAGCAUGUUUGACAGGAUCCUGACAGGACCCAUUGUUCCUGAGGAGGUGAGCCGGCGUGGACGUCGACCCAAAAACCCCCUGGCCAAGGCAGCAGCGGCAGCAACAGCAGCACCCAACCCAGCAGCCUCAGCCCUUGGUAUGAAUUCCCUGCUGGCCAACGGCCUCCUCCCUGGAAUGGACCUCAGCAGCCUGCAGGCCUUCCAGCAAAACCUCCAGAGCUUGCAGUCCCUGCAGCUCACAGCGGGCUUGAUGGGGCUGCCAUCCAACGCUAGCAAUCUCGCUGCAAGCAACUUAGCUGCCAUGUUUCCCAUGAUGCUGUCUGGUAUGGCUGGAUUGCCAAACCUGCUUGGCAUGACCAGUUUGGUUGGGAAGCCUGCUCAAGAGGACACAGGAGGCUCAGAGGAGAAGACUAAGGGAACCACCAGCGGUGCAGCAGGAGAGCCAUCUGCCUCCAAAGCCCCUUCGCAAACCUCAGACACCAAAGGAGAAAGGACAGAGGACUUGAACGCAACUACUUCCUCCACAUCCAGCUCCACUUCAGCUGCCACCACCCCACAAAGUGCUUCAGCUGCCUCUGCAGCCUCCAGUCACCCACUGUCUCUAAACCCCUUGUUACUAACUAGUAUGCUUUACCCAGGGAUGCUUCUCACUCCAGGCCUUAACCUUCCCGUGUCUGCCACACAGCCACAGAGCUCAAACAGUGACCCCACCCUUCCUCCUGCUCCUCCUCCCCCUGCAGCCUCCCAUUCGUCAUCACAGGAGACAGAGCGGCCAGUGGCAGAGAAGAACGAUGAGGAGGAAGAUGAGGCAUUAGAAGAGGCUUUGGAUGAAGAAGAAGAAGAGGAGGAGGAGGAGGAGUCAGCAGAACAAAAAGAGAAUAGUGGUCCUGAAGGUUCAGGGAAAGCAGACUCAUCUUCAUCGGAGUCUGGGAGCUCUUCGUCAUCCUCAGACAAUUCUGACUCCAGUGACGAGGACUGAUUCUAUGAAUAUAUAAUUAUAAAUUUAUUUAUGUAUCGCCUAAAAAUCUAUACAUAUAUUCACAUACGCGUAUAUGGAUUUUUCAGCACUUGUUGCAGUUUCUUUACCUGUAAAUAGAAGAACUAACUAAAAUGUUGUGUAAUAAAGACUACAAAAACAUGAAAAACAUGAAAAAACUGACUUAAAAGGAACUGAAAUAAAAUUUCAGUGUUUGGUCACAAGUUAGUCUUGUUUUGAGACAUUUUGCAUGUCAGACUGAGUAGAUUUUUGAACUCUGUGAAAUUGUACCACCCGAUGUACAAUUGCAACAAAAAGGCAUUAUUGUAAUUAUGUCAGGAUUUAAUUUUAUUAAAAAAGUGAAACUACA